AUGAGCCACCUCGGGGCCCCGCUGCUGCUGCUGGGGCUGCUGGGGGCGCUGGGACCCCCCCCGGCCGCGGGGCAGGACCCGGGCCCGGCCCCGAGCCCCCACCCCACCGCCCGCCCCAACGCCACCAGUGUCCCCCAUGUCCCCAAGGGCCAGCCGGUCCCCGAGGGCCAGGUGGCCACUCUGUCCUUCCGUGUCUUCGACCUGGAGCCGGACCCCCUGUGCCGCUUCGACUCGCUGUCGGUGUUCGGGGGGCACGGCCCGGGGGCGCCGCUCUUGGGGCGUUUCUGCGGCACGUUCCGGCCGGGGGCUCUGCGGGCCCCCCAGAACCGGCUGCGGCUGCGCAUGGAGAGCGACGGCGGCACGGCCGGCAGGGGAUUCCUGGCCUGGUUCAGCGCCGGCAGCCCCCCAACUAACGAGCACCAGUUUUGUGGGGGGCGGCUGGAGAAGCCCCAGGGAAGCCUGAACACCCCAAAUUGGCCAGAGGAGAAUUAUCCCCCCGGGAUCAGCUGCUCCUGGCACAUCGUGGCCCCCCCCGACAAGGUUUGGGGGGUCCGGGGGG